GUACGUUCCAGGAUCAAAUCACGAGAACAGAAAGACUUCCGUGUUUCCCGCAGUUGGAAUGUAUUGAACAGAAGUUAGAUCAAGAUGUCCUACUGGUGGGCUUUUUGUACUUUCUUAACUUCAACACUGACGAUUGUAUCGACGCAGUAUGUUCCCCCGUACACAGAAGAAUGCAGAACUGGCAUGUAUCCACCUCAGGGCCCAACGUUCAAAGGUGCAGUUACCUGGUACACAGUUGACCUAGAUUUGCCUCCAAGCAAAAGAUGGUCUGCACUAAUGUCUGAGAAGAAAGAUGACAUUGCCAACAUGAUCAAGGUCAUAAAGGAUAUAGCUGAUGCCUUUGUUCCCAGUGGGAAGCUGAUUGAUUUCGUCGACAAGGUUUUGCCUCUCAUAGUUGAUACACUUCCAUAUCCAUAUGACGAGGAGCUUAAAGGAAUAGCAUCAGCUUCAGGAGUUCCUUUGGGUGAAAUUGCACUUUUCAAUCUGUUCUAUGAAGUGUUCACGGUUUGCACCUCAGUUGUUGCAGAAGACUCAAAUGGAAAUUUGAUCCAUGGUAGAAAUCUGGAUUUUGGACUCUUCAUGGGAUGGGACAUGAAGAACAAGUCCUGGCAGAUCACGGAGCAGCUGAAACCACUGGUGGUGAACAUUGACUUCAGGAGGAGCAACCACACUGUCUUCAAAUCCACAGGCUUCGCCGGCUACGCAGGCAUGCUGACUGGCAUGAAGCCGCACUCCUUUUCCCUCACCAUCAAUGAGCGCUUCAGCAUGGAUGGAGGCUAUAUUGGCAUCAUAGAGUGGCUUCUACAUCAUAGAGAUGCCAUGUGGAUGGGGUUCCUGACUCGCACAGUCCUGGAGAAUGCUACCAGCUAUGAGGAGGCCAGAUCCCUGCUGUCCCAGACGAAACUGUUGGCACCUGCGUACUACAUCCUGGGAGGAAACCAGACUGGACAGGGCUGUAUCAUCACCCGUGCCAGGACAGAGAGCCUGAAACCCUUGGAACUGAACUUAAAGCAGGGCAGGUGGUACCUGCUGCAGACCAACUACGACCACUGGAAGGCUCCGUUGUUCCUGGAUGACCGGAGGACACCUGGGAUGAAGUGCAUGAAUCAGACGCUACAGCCUAACAUCUCCUUCAAGACCCUCUAUGAUGUCCUCUCCACAAAGCCGGUCCUGAACAAGUUGACUACCUACACUACACUGAUGGAGGUGUCUAAGGGCAAGCUGGAGUCUUUUGUACGAGACUGCCCCAACCCAUGCAUGCCUUGGUGAGGCCGUUCGGGCAGCUCUUGUUGCAGUGCAAAGACCAAGAGAGGAAUUCAUCAGAAUACUGCAUCAUUUAAAUAAGGAAAAUGUCUAGUCAGCUGGUCAUCACACAAACCAUCAAGUGCCUUCAUUAACCACUCGAUUAAGUGCUCCAAAACUACAAUGCUAGUCAUUCCUACACGUCUUUUUUGCACUUUUUUUAAUAAUGUUUUUAUGUGCCAUCUAUCUCAGUCUUAUCUAUGCAACUAAGGCAGAAGUCAGUCUGCAUAGGCUCAUCAAACUGAGCGCUUAGAGUGAUUAAUGCUUUAUAAACUGUUUGGUUAAUUCUGUGUCAUUGUGAUAAAGCACAGCAAGUUUUAUAAAUUCAGUAUACCUCAGAGGUUUCCAAUUCCUUAAUUUUUCUGUGAGUAACUUGAAUGCCUGCAAGAUAAUGUUGCCACUGCAUACAAAUGGAACAGUUCAUGAUUGAUCUAAGUCACUAAUUACUGGUGUCAUUGAUUUAAACACCAGUAUCUUCUGUGCUUCCACAGCUAACCACUGUAAACAUACAGAAGUGAACUUCUUUUGCUGAGUGUCUCAGAGAUAAAAGUCCUAACAUUAAGAAAUAAACAGAAUUCAAAAUGA